AUGAAACGCCUCGAUAUCAGAACAUUUUUCAGUAGUUCUACAAAAAAUAUUUCAACAAAUAUUGAAACUGAACCGUCUGAACCGACUGAACCAAUAGAAAAUCCAGAAAACAAUGACGGUAACAAUUCUUUAUGUUUAAAUAAAUCUAAAAAUGAAAAUAGUAAUCCAGUAAUAGAUUUAGGAAGUUUAGAGUCAGGCCCAAAACAACCAAUUUUGUCAUAUCCAUUAAAAAAAAUAGGAAAACAGAAUCGUUCAUUUUCUAGUAAAUACUAUGAAAAAUACUUCUGGAUUGAAUAUAGUGUACAUCAAGAUUCCUUAUUUUGUUUUGUAUGUAGACAUUUUGAUAAUUUAAAUACAUCAGAAGACAUUUUUAAAAAAAUUGGUUUUAAUAAUUGGAAAAAAUUAAGUGAUAAAUUAGAAAAACAUUCUAACUGUAAAAGCCAUUGUAGUAGCAUAGAAAAAUACACACAAUACAAACAAUCAAAAAUCCAUGGAAAUGUCCAUACUCAACUUUCUGAUCAAUUUAAAACAGACAUUUUAAAUAAUCAGAUGUAUAUACAAAAGAUUAUUGAUAUUAUUUUAUACUUGGCUAGACAGGGACUAGCUUUAAGAGGACACAAUGAAAAACAAGAAAGUUCUAAUAAAGGAAAUUUUUUAGAACUAUGUGAACUAUUUUGUAAAUUUGACAACAAUUUUAAUGUAAAAUAUCAUGCAUAUUUAUCAUAUACUAGCCAUGAUAUCCAAAAUGAAAUUCUUAAUAUUGUAUCCAAUUCAACUAUAAAAGUCAUAACAAAUGAAAUUAGAAAAUGUGGAAAGUAUUCAUUAAUGUGUGAUGAAGCUCGUUCAUUUAAAGAAGAACAAUUGAGUUUGUGUGUGAGAUAUUGUAAUGGAUUUGAAAUAUGUGAACGUUUUAUAAAAUUUAUUGAUUGCUCUCAGUCAAGGGAUGCAGAAAGUUUAAAAAAUAUUAUUAUAAAUGAACUAAAACAAUUAGAAAUAGCUGACAUACCCAUUGUUGCACAAACAUAUGACGGUGCUAGUGUGAUGUCAGGCGCAGUUGGAGGACUACAGACUAAGAUUAGAGAAAAGUAUCCAACUGCUGUAUACUUUCACUGUGCAGCACAUAAGCUAGCCUUGGUGGUCACUGACACAUGUAAAAAUAUAAGAAGUUCAGUAACUUUUUUUAAUUUAUUAGAAUCACUUUAUAUUCACUUUUCUCAACCAUUCAACCACAGCACAUUUAUUUUGAUGCAAAAAAAAUUGGGGUUAAAACCACUUAAACUUACACAGCUAAGUACUACUAGAUGGGCAUGUAGGUACAAAAAUUGCAAUAACGUUAAAAUGAAUUACGAAUCCAUAAUAAAUACAUUAGAAGAAGAAAUUAAUAAUAACAAAAAUAAAUAUGCUAUUGAAGCUGUUGGUCUUUUAAAAGGAAUUAAAAAAGCACAAUUUAUUUUUAAUUUAUUUGUAUUUCAUGACAUUUUAUUAACUAUCGACUUAUUAAGUCAAACUUUACAAAAAAAAAAUAUGACAUUGGGCCAAGCAACUUCUGCAAUUAAUGGUGUAAUAUCAACAUUACAAGACAAAAGGUCUGAUAAAAGUUUUAAACUAUUGUGGGAUGAUAUUACUAAUUUUUCAAAAAAAUUUGGAAUUUGUUUGAAUAAUGAAGAGUCGUCGAAAAAAAGGAAACCAGUUGAUAAUCAACGUUUGAACAAUUCUCUAGUGACUUCAACAAUUGGAUCUCGUGAGGACAAUUUAACAGGUGAAAAAUAUUGGAAAGCCAAUGUUUAUAACACAAUCAUUGAUAAUAUAACUAAUAGAAUGAAAACUAGGUUUUCUGAUGAAAGCCAAAAAUUGGCAAAAUCAAUUGAUAACUUCUUUAUUCUUGAUUUUGAUGGUUCAUUAGAAUUCAUUGAAUAUUAUAGUCAUAACUUAAAAAUAAAAAUGGAUGUUUUAAAAGCUGAAAUGAUGAUUGUCAAUAAUUAUUUAAAUUCUCAAAUCAAAAAUUGGACUAUUCAAGAUUUACUAUCAACCGUUACAUUAGAAUUGUAUCCUAAUUUGCACAAUUUGUUACAAGUUGCACUAAGUAUACCUGUAAGCUCAGCUUCAUGUGAGCGGUCCUUCUCAGCAAUGAGAAGGAUUAAAAAUUGGUUAAGGACUUCUAUGAUUCAAAAUCGAUUCAGUAAUUUGGCCAUAAUACACAUAGAAAAUGAAUUAGUCAAGACAUCAAUUGAAUCAAAACAGAUUCUUGAAGAAUUUGUCAAAUGUGGUUCAAGAAGAAUUCAGUUAACACUUUGA